GCCCACGUAUUCGCUCUCAUUCGCCUGUUUCGUUUCCCAAAUCUCUCUCCAAAUCUCUCACGCCGAGUUCUUCGCUCAAAAUCUUCGGAAUCCAUUUUUGCUCUUUUUUGUUCGUUUUUCCCAUCCCCCGUAUUUCAUUCAAUCGCUCCAAUUUCUCUGACUCUACUGCGGACGCAACCCAAUUUCAAUUCCAAUUCCAAUUUCAAUCCCCUACAUCAGAGCUCAGUUUGCACAAAUCCCUAGUUUCACCCCUCCGUCCUUUAUUCAUGGCCUCCUGUUUUUUCUCUGCUUAGUUGCUUGCUUGCACACGACCCGGCCCUGAUUGCAGGUUUCUUCCCUACUUUGUUUAUCCCCCCCAAUUUGCGAUUUUACUGCCCUUUUUUUCUCUCGCCUGUGUUAGGGGGUGGGAUUUGAUCUGAAUUCAUGAUUCUUUUCCAAGACGAAACUGGUCUUUAUUCAAGAUUCAAGGAGAAUGGAGGGAUAUGCAUGGGUCUGGAGGUGAGAGGUGGAAACAGAGGCCGCACAUGUGGCCGGUCCAUUCUAAUUCCACACCUGUAGCUUGCGAAUUAUCCGCCCCAGAUUUCUUUCUCAAAGAUGGACGCAAAAUCCAUGUUGGUGAUUGUGCCCUUUUCAAGCCACCACUAGAUUCUCCACCUUUUAUUGGAAUUAUACGUUCAUUGAAAUCGGACAAGGAGACUAAUUUAAAGUUAGAUGUGAAUUGGCUUUACCGGCCUGCUGAUGUGAAGCUCCCAAAAGGAAUAUCAUUAGAUGCUGCGCCGAAUGAGAUCUUUUACUCAUUUCAUAAAGAUGAGAUACCUGCAGCGUCAUUGCUCCAUCCUUGUAAAGUUGCAUUCCUUCGCAAAGGUGUUGAACUUCCAUCGGGCAUCUCCUCAUUUGUGUGCAGAAGAGUGUAUGAUACUGAUAACAAGUGUUUAUGGUGGUUAACUGAUAGAGAUUAUAUUAAUGAACGACAAGAAGAAGUAGAUCAACUAAUAGAAAAGACAAGGCUAGAAAUGCAUGGGGUGGUGCAGUCUGGAGGCCGUUCACCAAAGCCCUUGAAUGGUUCAAUAUCAGCUGUGCAGUCAAAAUCUGGUUCAGAAAGUGUACCAAAUAGUCCCUUUCUCACUUCACUCGUUAAAAGCAAGAAAAGAGAACGGGGUGAUCAGGGGUCUGAACCCACUAAGAGAGAGCGGUUGUUUAAAGCAGAAGAUGGGGAAUUCGGUCAGAUUAGAUCUGAAAGUACGCUAAAGAAUGAGAUUGCAAAGAUUACUGAUAAAGGAGGGCUUAUUGACUUUGAGGGGGUUGAAAAAUUUGUCAAACUUAUGCAACCUGACGGUUCUGGUAAGAAAAUAGAAUUGGCUGACCGAAUGAUGCUUGCUGAUGUUAUAGCAGUCACUGAUAGGUUUGAUUGUCUAGGAUGGUUUUUGCAGCUCAGGGGUUUGCCUGUAUUAGAUGAAUGGCUUCAAGAAGUUCAUAAGGGUAAAAUUGGUGAUGGCAAUGGCAUGAAAGGAAGUGAUAAAACUGUUGAAGAUUUUCUUUUCGCUCUACUUCGUGCUCUGGAUAAACUUCCUGUGAAUCUUAAUGCUCUUCAGACUUGUAACGUGGGCAAGUCUGUUAAUCAUUUACGAACACAUAAGAAUUCUGAAAUUCAGAAGAAAGCAAGGAGUUUGGUAGAUACUUGGAAGAAACGUGUGGAAGCUGAGAUGGAUGUUAAUGAUGCAAAGUCUGAAUCCAGUCGUGGUGUUUCAUGGCCUUCUAAAUCUGUGCCUUUGGAACUUUCUCAAGUAGGGAGCAGAAAGGCUGGGGGUUCUGGUGAUGAUGGCGUGAAGAGCUCUACACAUCCUACCAUGUUUAAACAUUCUCAACCUAAGUUUGUUCCUACUGAAAUGGUUGUCAAAUCAUCUGCAUCCUCUAGCAGCAUGAAGUCUUCUUCAACCAUGGGUGCAUCAUCCAAGGAUUAUAACUUUAAGACACUAGUUGUUGGAAACUCAGACCUUCCCUUGACUCCAAUAAAGGAGGAAAGGAGCAGCAGUUCAAGUCAGUCCCAGAACAACAGUCAGUCCAGUGAUCAUGCAAAAACUGUGGCAUCCUCAUGUAAAGAAGAUACUAGGAGCUCAAAUUCUGGUUCAGGAAGUGUUAGCAAAGUUUCUAGUGGUGCUUCUCGCCAUCGGAAAUCAAGCAAUGGUAUUCAUUUGAAUACUCACAUGGGAACACAGAAGGUAUCUGGGUCUGGAAAACUUAAUGCCGUAAAUAAGAGCUUGACUGCUGAAAAGUCCUCCAUGGCAUCACAUGAGAAAUCUCCAGAUGUUUCUCUUGCUGAUCAUGGUUAUAGUCGACUUGUUGUAAAGAUACCAAACACGUGCAGGAGUCCUAAGGGAGCUACUAGGGUUGUCACUGAAGAUCAUGUUGUUUCAGGUCACAAAGGAUCCCUUCCUGAUGAGGCGUGUGAUAACCAUGAUAAGAAAGCAAAAGGCAGAGGUGAUUUGCUUGGGGCUAGUUUGGCAACUGAAGCAAACUCAGACCAUUGCCAUAAGAAAGAUGAAUUUCUCAGCUCUGAGGAAGGUAAAGAGAUAGGUGUCAGCAACGAGAAAUCCAGGCUCGCUGAAGCCAAUGAAUUGCUGGAGCAAUCAGAAACUACUGCUUCGUUGACUGGACUUGUAUCUAGGCCUGGAAAAACUUAUGCAGCUUCUUUAAGCUCUAUAAAUGCUUUGAUUGAAAGUUGUGUUAAAUUUUCUGAGACUAAUACAUCAUCUCCUCCCGGGGAUGUUGUAGGGAUGAAUCUUCUUGCUAGUGUGGCUACUGGGGAAAUAUCUAAAUCUAACAAUGUGUCACCAUUGGAUUCUCCUCAGGAACGAUCACCUUUGGCAGAAGAAUCAUCUGCCGGUAAUGAUGGACAACUGAAAAUUUUACCUGAAGGAGUAGUUAAGACUAAAUGUGAUGAAGCUGAUGCUAAUUGUGGGGCUAAGGGUUGCAUAUCCUCUGAGCCUCUUGACGGCAAUAAUAUGUUGCAGGAUAGAAAUGGAUCUCAUCCUGCCUCUUAUACCUCAGCUGACUCUUCUAGAGACGGAAGAGGUGGUUCAUUUGGCUGUUCAAGGGACUGUAUUAUGCCGUCAAAUUCGCAGCAAAACAUGGAGAGGACACCUUCGAAGUCUUAUAUGAAACCUGAUGCUGAAGCAUGCAACGCCUCUGUAGCUGUCUGUUCUUCAUAUGGUGCAGAAGAAGAUAAUACAGAGACCAAAACAAACCAGCUUUCUGAUCAAAAUGAACUAGGGAAAUCGAGGUUCCUUAAAGUGGAAAGUAGUAGUUUACCCGACUCAUUAUUGGAAGAGGGUGCCCAACUCCAUGAAAAUGAAAAAGUGGAUCAAACUGAUGAUAGACUGACAGAGAAUGGAAUGGUUUUGAAAUCAGAAGUAACUGCCACAGCUCUUGAAGUGGAAAAGCAAGUGGAUGAAAAGACAUCUUGUUUGUCUUCACAAUUGAGUGGCAUUGAUGUUCAGACUCAUGGGGAUUCAACUAGUGGCAGUGGAGUGGAGGAGAAACUGCCGUCUACACCUGAGAUUCAUGCAGACUCUCAGGAGCAAAAGAUUGAGACUGCUGUUGUUCAUCCUGAUGCCAAUCCUUCGGAUGCAGAAUCCAAGGAUAAAAAAUUAAAUAUUGUGAACUCAGAAAUUUAUGUUAAUCACAUUGGGAAGCAAACACUGAUUCAGGGUUUUCCUCGGUCAGAUCAAAAAGAGGAUUCUGCAGUGCAGGAUUUGGGAAGAAAAGAUGAUAUUGAUAAUUGUUGUGGUAGGACUUCAAUGCAUGUGGAAUCUCCCUCGAUAUCCUUACCAGAAAAUGAUCAGGGUGAGAAAUUGAGUGGUUGUCAGUUAAGUGUUCCCGAUUUAAUUGGAAUCAAAGACCAUGUCACUUGUUCAAAUCCUUCACUUUCUGCUCCUAGGUCAGAUACAGUAGUAAAGCUGGACUUUGAUUUAAAUGAAGGUUGUUCUGUCGAUGAUGGGAUACAAGAGGAUAUUAUUGGAAGUUCAUCUGCUGUUCAGCUGCCCAUUCUGCCACCUCUUUCCAUUCCUUCGGCAUCAGAAAGUUUCCCUAUUGCAAUUACUGUGGCUUCUGCUGCAAAAGGAUCAGUUGUUCCACCAGAGAACUCCCUAGCAAACAAGGCUGAGCUUGGAUGGAAGGGUUCAGCUGCUACAAGUGCUUUUCGCCGGGCAGAACCUCGAAAAAAUCUGGAAAUGCCACUCAGUUUGAGUGAUGUGCCUCUCGUUACCACCAGUAGCAAAGAGGGACGCCCACCUCUGGACUUCGACCUGAAUGUGCCAGACCAGAGACUCCUAGAAGAAGCUACUUUGUCAAAUGUACCACGGAUCGCAAGUCUUGAAUCUUGUGAUCGUGGUGGUGGACUUGAUCUUGAUUUGAACAAAGUUGACGAAAGUCAUGAUAUGGGCCCAUGUUCUGUGAGCAAGAGUAGGUUGGAACUUCCCAUGUCAAGUAGGCCAUUUGUUUCUGGUGGAUUAGCCAAUUGUGGAUUCAGUGUCUCCAGAAAUUUUGAUUUGAACAACGGACCAUCCCUUGAAGAAUUGGGGCCUGAAACAGUACCUCUCAUUCGGCAGAAUAAAAGCUACAUGCCAUUUUCAUCACUUCUACCUGGAAUGAAGGUGAACUCAGGAGAAAUUGGGAACUUCUAUUCUUGGUUUCCUCAGGGAAAUUCGUAUUCAGCAAUAACAGCAAUCCCAUCAGUUUUGCCAGGUAGAGGAGAACAAAAUUAUGUUCCUGCUGCUGUUUCUCAGAGAGUAUUUGCUCCUCCCACGGGCACUGGGUUUGCUGCUGAACUUUAUCGUGCACCGGUGCUUUCUUCCUCUCCUGCUUUGGCAUUUCCACCUGCUAACUCCUUUAGUUAUUCUGGGUUUCCUUUUGAAACUAGUUUUCCUCUACAGUCAAACACUUUUUCAGGUUCAACAUCUUACAUGGAUUCAUCCUCUGGUUGUUCGCUUGGAUUCCCUACCAUUACUUCUCAUUUAUUAGGACCAGCUGGGGUAGUCCCUACCCCCUAUCCAAGGCCCUUCAUUAUGAGCUACCCAAGCAGCAGUGGUACUGUUGGUCCUGAGAUUGGAAAAUGGGGAAGUCAAGGUCUGGAUCUUAAUGCAGGUCAUGGGAUUAUGGAUAAAGAAAGAAUUGAUGAAAAGUUGCCUUUAGCAUUGAGACAACUUUCAGUUCCCAAUUUGCAACCUUUUGCCGAUGAGCAGCUCAAGAUGUUUCAGAUAGGUGGUAUACACAAGAGAAAAGAACCUGACAGUGGCUUAGAUGCUGCCGAUAGGCUUAACUACAAGCAACAAUGAGUGAGGGCAGUAGCAUUUCUGGUCACAAGUAAGUCUUGGCCAAAGAAUUACAGACAGAGAGAAAGAACAGAGUAUACAGCAUUAGUCGAGCAAAUAAUGAAGGACUGCUUAAAGAUGGGGCUCGUGUUCCCUCUCAAAUGUUGCAGCAGCACCACUGGUUUUUCAGGCAGCUGCUUUUUCUGCUGCACACAUUUCGACGGAUUUGUUUUGCUCGGCAGACAAGGUUUUCAUUUGUAAAUAUCUAACUUAAUAGAAGCACAAGGAAAGUGGUGUCUAGAAACUUGAUGAAUAGCGUCCGAUAUGUGGACGAUUCCCAUCCAUCCAGGUACGCUCCCGAGCCCGUUCCUUUCUCAGUCCUCCCCUUCACCUUCAGAACAGAACUGGAUGUAAGGACCUUUUAGAGGUUGUGGCCGGCCUUUGUCAAUGAUACUCAGCUGUGUUUUCCCUUACAUAUGUAGCUAUUACUUCAUUCUUACUGUUAGAUUCCUUUUACUCUCUUUUUUCUUCUCUUAAUUGAUAGUAAUACACAGGCCCUUUCUCCCAUGGUCGUGAACUGUUUUUCUCACUCCCAGUUUUCCCAUUCCACCUUUACAAAUCGGAAACAGGACCCCCCCAACUUGGAGCCAUCAUUUUAUUUGGUGUUUUAUCUGGAGCAAUCAAAAUUCAUCGGUUAUAAACUAGUUGUCUUUUGUGAAGAACAGGCCCCUACCAGAAGAAGACAGCUUCAGAUAUUUACAAAACACUUCACUGUCUGAAUUUUGUACAUUUGCUAAUCUUCAUUUUUACUUGUCAAUGACAUUCCAAGGUUUAUAAA